GCGCAUGCGCCGCCUCUAAAAGUUAUCCGGACCGACGCGGCUAACGUUAGCCCGCAUCCCUCUGUUGGUUGAUAUGAUUUAGUUAUCCUCCUUCAGCUUUUUUACCUUCACCAGAUACACCUUUUUGAUUGUUGAGAAUUGGGCAAAGAGUUCUUCCUGGACCGGAUCAUUCAUGAUCACUGCUGGAGAGUACUUCUUCCAUGUAAACAGCUGGUGAGUCAUGUCAACAAGCAUGGGUCUGGUCGGAGCUUCAAUGUAGUCGGGUUCAAAUCUCCCCCUAGUCAUGGAAAAGUUUGGGAUGAGCUUCGGGGGCGGCCCGAGCAAGAAAGACAUGUUUGACACCAUCGAGUCCCAGAAGAAGCAGCUGAUCCAGUACCAGACCCGCUUCAAGGAUGUGGUCCGGGCCUACAAGGGCCUGAUGAAGGAGAAGGAGGCCCUGGAGGCCAGCCUGAAGGUGCUCACCGUGUCCCAGGAGGUGGACCUGGGCCAUCAGCCCUGGGACGGCGGCUCCCCGACCGGCCCGGCCUCGGUGACCUCCGACCUCCUGGACGACCGCUGCUCCAUGCACAGCGCCGACAGCCUGGACACGGCCGCCAGCGUCACGAGCGAGGGCGCAAGGGGGGAGCCGGUCGGGGACGAGCAGGAAGGCGCCAGCGGCGGCGGGGAGAGCGAAGGCGCCGGCGCCCGGGGCCAUCAGGCCGAGCCGGACGCCAGCGGCUCCGAGAGCGCCGUCGGCUCCGGCUCCGGCGGCCGAGGCCCGGAUCAGCUCCUCCGGCAGCACACGCCCCCGCCGCCGCCGGCGGCCACCGGCCACCCCCAGGCCGAGGCGGACCGGCGGGUGACCCAGCUGAGGACCCAGCUCAGCACCCUGACCAGCUCCCUGGCCACGGUGUCGCAGGAGAAGUCGCGGAUGGAGGCCAGCUUCCAGGCGGACAAGCGCAACGCCAAGCAGGAGCUGGAGGAGCUCCAGGGCCGGCUGGAGGAGGAACGGCGGCAGCACGAGGCCCGGGCCCGGGCGGCGCAGGAGCAGCUGGCCGAGAGCAAGGCCCGCGUCAUCACCCAGCAGCACGAGCGCGCCCGGGAGCAGGACGACCACGCCCUCAUGCUGCGCGAGCUGCAGGAGCUCCUGCGGGAGGAGCGCGACCUGCGGCAGGAGGCGGAGCUCCGGCUGGAGGACGCGCGCGCCGCGCUGCAGGAGAGCGCGCGGGCGGCGGAGCGCGGCGCCGAGUGCGAGGCGCGCCUGAGGGAGAGCGGCGAGCAGCGGGAGGAGAUGCGGCGCGGCCUGCGGGCGGCGGAGGAGGAGCGCAGGAAGCCCGACCCCCGGGUGGAGGAGCUGCAGAGGGAGCUGGCCGAGACGAAGGGACACCACCAGCAGCAGCUGCAGCACGAGAUCAGAAAGGCGUCCCAGGCGGAGGAGCGCGCCCGCUGCCAGGCCCAGGGGGAGGAGGGCCGCGUGGCCAGCCUGGAGGAGCGGCUGUCGGAACUGUCGGCGCUGCUGGGGUCCUGCGAGAAGGCCAAGCAGCGCGACCAGCAGAGCCUCCAGCGGCUGCGCGAUCGCCUGCUGCAGCUGGACACGGAGAACAAGACGCUGGCCAUCGCCGCGUCGGCCCGCGUCUCCGCCGCCGACCCGAGCGUCGUCGCCGUCCUUGACGGCGACGACGACGAUGCCCGCCUGGACGUGGGCGCUCUGAAGGACAAGAUGGAGCGGGUGAAGAAGCUGCUGAUGCUGGCGUCACGCCGCAGCCCCGAGGAGGAGCAGCGGAGGACGGCGGUCGGGGAGAUCGAGAAGCUGUCGGAGCCGGAGGACGACGGCGGCGACGGCGGCGAGCAGAACGGCACGGAGCUGCGCUGCCAGCAGGAGCUGCGUCAGCUGCGCGAGGAGUUUGAGCGCUACAAGCUGCGGGCGCAGGUGGUGCUGAAGAACAAGAACACCAAGGACGGCUGCCAGGCCAAGGAGCUGGAGGCCGCCCGCGACCAGCUGGCCGAGCUCAAGGAGAAGUACAUCAACCUGCGGAUCCACGCGGACGAGGCGGACGCCCGGCACCGGAGGGACGUGGAGGAGCGCGAGCAGGCGGCGGCGGCGCUGCUGCCGGCCCACCGGCAGGAGCUGGAGCGCGCUGAGGCGGCGCACCGCGAGGGCCUGCUGCGGCUGGAGGCGGAGCUGCAGAAGCAGCGGGAGCGCGUCGGCGCGCUGCUGGACGAGAAGGACCGCGAGCUGGAGAAGCUGCGGUCGGUCGCGCUGAUGUGCGGCGGCGGGCCGGGCCAGCGCCACGGGCGCCACGACGCCGACGGGACCCCAGAGGGGGCGGGGGAAGCCGGAAGGGUCGACGGCGAGGAGGCGGCGGCGGCGGCGGCAGGCGGACAGGACGCGGCGCUGGAGGAGAGCGAGAUCAUCACGCAGGCGCUGAAGCUGGCGGGCACCAGCGCGCCCACGCAGCUGCUGCUCUACGUGGAGCAGCUGGCGCGGCGGGAGGCGGAGGCGGGCGCGCUGCGGCGGGAGAAGCGGCGGCUGGAGGACGACCUCCACCAGCUGCAGGGCCGGCUGGUGGGCAACGGGGAGCGGCACGAGGAGGAGACGGCGGAGCUCCGGGCGCGGCUCGACAAGCUGACGAGGGACCAGGGCCGGGAGGGCGCCAACCUGGAGUACCUGAAGAACGUCAUCUACCGCUUCCUCACGCUGCAGGACGUCAGCGGCCGCCGGCAGACCCUGGGCGCCAUCCUCACCAUCCUGCACUUCAGCCCCCAGGAGAAGAAGGCGGUGCUGAAGCUGCAGGGGCAGACGUGGUGGCCCGUGGUGGGCAAGUAGGGAGGGACCGCCACGCCCUCCAAACAGAAGGACUGGUUUGGUUUUAAUCACUUGAACGGUUUAUUAUGGCAGUGGUGGUGUUUCAGGUCCGGGUGUGUUGGCAAUAUUAGAUUAUUGGUUUUUUCCUUUCUUGAAAUAUUUGCCGAUUUACAAUCUAACUUUUUUUUUUUUUGGAAAAUACUUUACGAUUUAUUAUGAGGAACGGGGGCGAGUCACUCCGAACUUUUCUGUUUCAUUCCAAAAAUAACCCCAGUUAGGGUUGAUGUGUUUUCUUGAGUAUUGACAUAGGAAGUUGCAUGUGACAUACAUGUUGGUGCUUGGAUGUUUACUUGUGUGUGUUUGAUGUGCGUGUGUGUGUAAACACUAACAUUUGACACUGGUUAUAUUCUCCUGGACCACCUUUUGGAAGAAGCACUUUGUGAAUAAUGCCACUCAUAUGUAUAUUUUUGAUUCCCUUGGAGAAUUAAACUAUUUUUCCUGUGUGAA